UAGCAGCCGACGCUCAGUUUCGCUCUAUUCGCCCUACGUGCGCCCACACAGUGUUAAACCGAGGCUCGUUUUAUUCAGAAAACCGAUCUACAGCAAGCUGAGUUUUUGACAGACUUGUAACCGUGUCGUUUUAGGCUCUAAUGCUUUUAAAUUACGUUUCGGACUUCGGAUGUCUACUUUUCCAAAACAAAACAAUUACAGACUUUUUUCCCAUGUUUCUAAGAGGAUAAGUUAACUGUUUUUUCCUACCUAGCAACAGGGCGCUUUUAUCCAUUUUGUUGGCUUAACAGUUACUUGGGAAUGUUCCGCAGGUAGUGUCUAGGUAGAGAGAUAACUUGCUCGUUUAUUGGAUCACGGCGACUAGAUAGUUGCUGCAAACUGUAAAAACGGCAGUAUCGGACAGGUGACUGCGGCUCAAAGCUGUCGGAGGACAUGGAAUCCACAAAGGCUGGUGGAGUAAUAGCUUACAUUAGCUCCUCAAGCUCAGCCUCCAGUCCAGAGUCGUGCCACAGUGACUCCUCCAACAGCAGCUUUCAGUCCUGCUCUCCACCCCAUACAGGGCAGGGCCAAGGCGAGACCCUUCAUGUGGCCUCUCAUUCUCGCCCACCAAGGCAUGGUGGAGGGAAAGCACGAUCACUCUCCUCCACCAAAAGUGGCAUUACAAGGUUUCUUCAGGAGGAGCAUUCAGCAGAACAUUCAGUAUAAGAAGUGCCUUAAGAACGAAAGCUGUCCCAUUAUGCGCAUCAACAGGAACCGAUGCCAACAGUGCCGUUUCAAGAAGUGUCUGCUUGUGGGCAUGUCAAGAGAUGCUGUGCGUUUUGGCCGGAUUCCCAAACGAGAAAAGCAACGCAUGCUGCUUGAGAUGCAGAAUGCUAUGAACAAUAUGAUGAACAACAGCCACGGCAACCAGUCCCUUAACAACCAGACUUCAGCUGCUGAUGGCACUUCUGAGGAUGGCACUUCUGAGGAUAGUACUUCUGGUCCUUCCUCUCGAUCCCCCUCAAGCUCACCCAGGAGCAAUCGAUCUGAAUCCAGCCCAGAUCCUGAGCUGCAGAUUGCCAUGGAUACAAGCUCAAGCUCAGACUCAUCCAGUGCUACUGACAGUGGAGAAGAGGAGGUUAUUGGCACAGUCACUAGGGCACAUCAGGAGACAUUCAUGUAUAAUCAGGAGCAGGGCAGUAUGGCUUCAGAGGCGCUUAAUAACUACAGCCAUUGCACAGAGAAGACUCAGGAGGUCUUGAACCACCAGAACAAUGUGUCCUCAGUAAGUGAACAGAAUCCACAGUCGAGCUGUGGUCCACAGGGUCCUGAAGACUCUGGUCAAGACUACAGUACUCUGAGCAGCUGUCCAGUCCGACUUUCCAAUAACAGCUCCAGGGGACCAUCUCUGCAGACCCUUACUUUUAGAGCUCACAAUGAUCAUGAAACCCAUGCCAAUGGCAGCUAUAUUGUCCCAACAUUUCCAAGAGCAAACAGGAUGCACCUGGUCUGCCCGAUGAAUACAUCACCAUAUGUAGAUCCUCAGAAAUCAGGUCACAGUAUUUGGGAAGAAUUUUCCAUGAGCUUCACACCAGCUGUCAGGGAGGUGGUGGAAUUUGCAAAGCGUAUUCCAGGAUUCAAAGAUCUAUCCCAGCAUGACCAGGUCAGCCUGCUCAAGGCCGGCACCUUUGAGGUGCUGGUGGUCCGUUUUACAUCCUUGUUCGAUGUGAAGGAGCGCAAGGUUACAUUUCUGAGUGGCAGGAAGUAUAGCGUGGAUGCUCUGCGCUCGUUGGGAGCUGGAGAUCUUCUCAACUCAAUGUUUGACUUUACAGAAAAGCUGCAAGCUCUGAAUCUUAGUGAGGAGGAAAUGAGUCUCUUCACCGCUGUAGUGUUGGUGUCUGCAGAUCGCUCUGGUUUAGAGAAUGUCAACUCGGUUGAGGCCCUUCAGGAAACUCUGAUAAGAGCUCUGCGCAGCUUGAUCACCAAGAACCACCCCAACGAGAUCGCCAUCUUCACAAAACUGCUUCUCAAACUCCCAGACCUGCGCUCUCUUAAUAACAUGCACUCUGAGCAGCUCUUGGCCUUUAAGGUCCACCCCUGAUCGCCCACCAACUCUCAUAAACUUGGACCACACUCCACUCCAUCCACCUCUAGAUCCUCCAACUCAUUCCUGGGGCCCACUCAGCCCCUUUUGCUGACAUUUUCCCCCGUGACCUGCUGGUUUUAAAAUGGAGGUAGAGGGGGGCACAAUAGAAGUCAUUGUACUGUAGUAUGCCUCUGUUUGAACUAACACACACAACUUGCAAGCACAAACUGGAAGGGUUUCGUUGUAGAUGCUUACGAGAGUUUGUAUGAUUAUGCAGUUUGUGUGUGUGCAAAGGCACCUUGAAUUUGUUUUUGGAUUUAAAUUGCUUGUGCAAUAAGUGGCACGUUCACUGUUUUUGGAUUGUUUCUUGUUGGUCACUUAAUACUUCCAGAAAAGAGGAAGUAAGGUAUCUUGUGGAAAUACCUAGGCUUUGUUUCUACACACAAGCUUAAAACAAAUGAGCACAUUCUGACAUGCUUUCUUAUUUGAAGAUGAGAAAAUGACAAACUAUGAAUGAAACAACUAUGAAUUAAAGAAUGUGGAACAAGCUGCUAAUCAAACUUUUUGGCAGAAAGACACAAGAAUGUUUAACGGAUAGAUCUAUUUUUGAAGUUUGUUUUAGGUCUGAAGAACUCUUUUUCAAGUGAAAGCCACUUUAUCAUUAGGCCCGAAACAUUAUGCAAGCAUGGGAAAGCAAACGUCUCGUCUUUUUCAAUCUGAAACGUUAGACCACAAGUUUUAACAUGUGAUAAUGUAGGAGAGAUUUGCCAAAUCUCUGUUUUAUUCAGUUUUCUCUUUAUGCGACUGCCAUAGUAGAAUGACUUAGACCGUCUUUGCCAGUUAAACUUAGUUCAAUUAUUAAUGUUUAUAGCUAGCUACAAGCAUUGGUUUAAUGGCAGACAUUUAAACGUGAUUCUGUCACCUGCUUGUGUUUGUUGCUGCCAGUAUUUAACCAGACUGCAUACUUGGCCAAGCGUUUGCUUUCUUGCAUAGAAUGUUUCUGACUUUAGAUCUGCAUAAAGAUGCAGCUAUGUUUAUGUUUCGAUUCAUAGGGCUUUUAGUAAUGACACAAUCUUUGUUGAUGCUAAAUGACAAAAGGAGGAGUAGAACGUAAUGCAUUUUAUCACUGAGAAUUUCAUAUUCUACUCCCGGUACCGAUGAGACACAAAGCCAUCAACAGUCAUGUUAUAAAUGCCUAUAGCUGAGGUCAUGUAAUUCUGUUCAUUUCUUAUUCUUUAUUUUGGGCAAGUCUGAUCAGCGAUUGUGUAAUUUUUGUGUCUGUAUGAUCUACUGCACUAAGCAAACCUAAUCGUCGCUUCAUUAGACAGAAAGAUACAAGUGGUUUGAUUUGAAGAGGAAAGAGAAAUUGGCCCAAAAUUCCUUCAAUGCCUCUCAUCUUGCUGGCUUUGAGCUCUGCUGCAGAUUAACGGUCAAGUAAAGAAGUAUCUCGAAUUCCGUUUGGUGUUGGUGUUCAUCAUUGUUCUGCCUGUGGCUCACUCAGUGACAUUGUUGUGUUGCCAUAAUACAGUCUGUUUUUCUCUCUCUCUGUGAAAGCAUUAUAUGAUAGCUAGAUUUAUAUAUAUAUAUAUAAAAUAAAUAUACAUAAUAUAAUUACAUGAAUACAAAAUAAGAAAAUAAACAAAUGCUGAACAUUCUCUCCUUGUGUUGUUAUCUUUGAACAACGAGUUCGAAGCAAGCAAAAAAUCUACACCUUUUAAUUAAAAUAUAAGCACUUAAUAGGCUUCAGCAUUCAUUUAGUAGUUCAAGCGUAAAAUGAGAUGAAAGGCUAUUCAAACCUAAGUGCCAUCAGGAUUGCUGUGUUGAGAAGUAUGCAGUAAUACCUCAUUUUAAUUCAUUGUUACUUUAUAACAUGUAAUGUAAAACUGCAAUGCUGGAGACUCCAGUGAGAAUGUAUGUGGAAAGUGUUGGCUAAAAGAAACAAGAAGAAUAAAGGGAGAAGUUGAGUGUUUUAUGUUAAUAAAUGAACACAAACUGGCCAUAA